GGAACUUGAGUGUCGUACGCAGUUGCACAAUGUUCAUCUUCACGGCUCCAUCAGUGCACGGAAAGCUCACGCAACAUCCCUGCGCUUAGCGUUUCGGCUCAGUUGCGCUCACGCGAACAUUUUUUUUUAAUUUUAGCUGGAGGGAUAUACUGCGCGCUGUGAGAGAAAAGAUCUUCUCGCGUGGCGUGGGCCAAGAAUAUAAUGAGAGAAGACAGCACCAAGACGUGGAUCUGCCAUUAUCUGAAUUUAAUAGCCUAAUAGCUCUGCCUUCCCCUGCAAAUUUGUUUCUAUACUGAACUUCCAAAUGGAUAAAAAAAGGAAGAGUGAUUUACCUACGCCAGCACCAGAGAGAGGAAGAGAGUUUGAGGGGACAGAGGGUAGGAAAAAAAUGAGAAAGACCAAAUCAGAAGAACUGGAUUUCUUCUCUGAAGGAACUGAUGGCAGAGAUAAACAACUGCAGGAUUUAGCAGUUAAAGAGGCUGACCAUUCAGAAGCUAAUAUGAAAGGGAAGAUCAGACCCGGGGCAAAGCGAACCAAGAAACCCCCAAAGAGCCUUGAAAACUUCAUAUGCCGACCUUCUGUUCGAAUGUUUCAGAGGCCUGAACCUGUGGGGCAAAGCGUCUGCAAGCGAAGAGAUGGUAUAAGUGCUAAAACUAGACGCUACAGUCAAUUAUGUCAUCCUGUCCAGAAGAAAUGUAACACUGACUCAUUGGAAACAAAAGACAAUUCAGCUAUGACAAAUACUGAUCCAUCAGCACUUUCUCUGUCCUCUCUCAUACCUUCAAGUAUCAUAUCUCCUGCUUCAGACUCCCCUACUACAAGGGCAGCCAAAAAGGUUCUCCCAAAACAAACUAAGAAGACAGAUUUAAAGUCAGAUAUAACACUACAGGAAACCCCACAGUCAUCCAACAAACUGUCAAUUUCUCACAAGAUAACGCUUAAUACUGAAAUAAAGCAGACAUAUUCCUCCAAAAAUCCUCCUGACUCAAAUUCCACCUAUCAACAGGACUCCAGCCCACAUGAGUGCAUUAACAUCCUUAAUGAGGACAUGGCACAGAAAGGUCAAGCCAGUCCAAACUCCAGUUUUGGAAAUCCAAGUGAAACCAGUUUACAUGCUGUGUCAUCCAAGUUAACAUCCUGUUUUCAAAAAAAUGCCUUGAAAUGCAAUGAAAGUCAUUCAGAAACGCCUUCAAGUUUGCAUUUGAAUACAAAGAAGGGUGAAGGUUGUGUGGAUGAUCCCAACCAUGCUGAUGUCAGAAUAGUAACUAAUGAAAAAAGUAAGCACCAAAAUGGCUCCAGACAAGAGCCAAGUCCUUGUACAAAUGACCUGCCAGAACACCCCACCUCUUUCCAAGUAACUGAUUCCCCAUCCUCCAGUAAGUGCACUGACACCACAUCAGAUCUGUCAGAGAAUAGCAGAGGAAGCAAAGGACAGAAUGAAAAUAAAAAAGACCUAAAUUGGUCUCCAGAAAUAAGUAUAAAAUCCCCCAGAAAUCCUGUUCCUGAGCACAAAAAUUAUGGUAGCCCAAACGGAUCAGCUAAUGAUGAGCAUGGAAACCAGGAACAAAUUGAAGUAGACUGUUUGUCUGACACUAUCAACUCUCUAGGUUCUGCCUUACAUCCUCAAGUAUCUCCUGCCCCAGUACCGCCUCUGAUGGAUGACUUAUCAUCUAGCAGCAAGCAAGACAAAAAACUGUCAAAGAAACGACAGAUCAGAAGCCUUCGCAGUAGUAAGUUUGCAAACAUGGACAAUGAAUUUAAUCAUAGUCCUGUUGCCAAUAAAGUACUAGAGAGUGGUUCACAAAAUGAAACUCCAUUCCAUAGUUCUUCAGAAACAUUGUCCUCACCUCAGGGUGAACAAAAUCCACUUGGACAACUUCCCAAAUCAAAACUGUCCCCAAACUCAAAAAAUCUCAAUUCAGAAAUUUCAUCUUUAAAUAAUCCACCAUGUAGAAAAAGGGGUAGACCAAAAUCUAACAAAUCAGGAGUACAUUUUGAGGCAAACAAUUCUCAAGUGUCUGUUGUUAAUCCCCCAAAUGAUGAAAACCCAGAAGACCUAGAGCCGGAACUCGAUAUGAAGCAGACAAGGCCUAUGGCAAGAAAACGUGGGCGCCCAAAACAGUCUUUUUCCAUCCAUGCACAGGAAACUCAGUCAAAAUUAAUUUCUAAGAAACAGGACCCAAGAGACCUUUAUACAACUUCCAAAGACAAAGCCAGAAACAUUCAAAAGUGCAAGAAAAGCAAGAGAGUAAUAAUGAAGACAAUCAUUGGAAGGAUCAAUAAGAUGAAAGUGAAAAGGAAAGAUCAAGUGCUCACACAGAUUCUGUUGGGACAGAAGCAAGGUGACACUCAAGAAAUUUCUCACGAAGACACAGAGAGAGAUGCGUGCAGUCCAGAUUCUACUGCAACACACUCCUUAUCUUCCCUUGUAUCUUCUUUUGGAGGUAAACUUGGUUCUCAAAUUAAUGUCAGCAAAAGAGGAACUAUCUACAUGGGGAAGAGGAGAGGUCGCAAACCAAAAUGUCAAACAACCUCCAACAUUUCCACCCAGAAAUCUCCACAGAGGUUACCAGACAACCCAAAGUUCACCCACAAGUCUACUUUUGUGUCAUUAGAUACCCAAAGUAUCCCUUUAUCAGGCUCCUCUAACACACUUAAAAAUAUUGCCUCAUCGUCGUCAUCGGGGAGAAGUUCACAGAUCAAUUUUAAUGCCCCCAAAAUCAAAGCAACUUCCUUUAAACAACUGAGUGAAAAUUCCCAGGCUCACUCUGAAGUAACACUGACGUGUAACAGUGGGGAAGGAAUUAAUGAUAACACCACAUCAGACAGGGGCGAGAGGAAUAACAGGUUGGAUGAAGGCAUGGGAUUUUGUGCAGCACCAGCCCCAGGUGCUGUAUUCACAAUGUCUGGUGUUCCUGGGAGUAAUUCCUUUCAGGGUAGACCGAGGGCUCUUUCCUCCUUGCCUUCAGAACGCCUCUUUUCUGCUCAUUUGCCAUUAGGCUCUGGUAGGCCACAAGAUUCCAAUCCCUCUUUGCCAUUCACAGACCAAGAAGCGCAUAAGUUCAAAUGCCACAGAAAGGGCCAUCACUGCCUUAGUCGAGAAAAGCUUAGAAGACAUAAAUAUAAGUGCAAGAAGAAGUAUAUGCAUCUCAGGGCCAAACACCAAGACCCAGACUUCCUUGCAGAUAUUGAUGACCUGAUUGUAAGACUGAGCAAGAUCCGUAUCGUGCAGCGCAUCACCCGAACAAAGCUUGGUGAAGAUGGUAACAUAACUGGAAGAAAGACUGUAAAGGGCAAAUGUCAAUCCUAUGAUCUUCAGUGCCUACAAGAAAAAGUUCACCCCCCCGCCAUGUUUCAGAUUAACCUCAGCGGAUACUAUUCACCACAUUCGGCCCUCUCCUGUGAACCCCUUCAUUAUGUCAGAAUGGCCAAUAUGAGAAGGAAACAUGGUUGUUCCACUGAGCCAAGCGAACAAAUUGUUACACAUUUCCCAGUGAUGCACAAACUUGGAUACCCAUACCCAGGUGGUGGCUUUAUCCAUCCAUCCUACAAAGUACCAUUCACGACCACCUCUCUUGGUUUCGGACUCUGUCGAGGAUACCCAUCCAGUGCGUUAUAUCCACUCCCUUUCCCGCCAUCAUAUCUGCACCACUACCCUAAGAACCCUAUUAUAAGCCCAUCUAAGUUUCACAAGAAGAGGACCAAGUUCCCAAGGCAAGACUCUGCAGUUUGGGGACAGAGCACAUUCGGGACAUAUCCUAGGAUGACCCCGCACUCCUCCUGUGACUGUUUCAAUACAGAAAGUGGGCAAAGGCAGAAACAGAAAGAAAAAGGCAGAGGAAGGCGGGAAAAACAUAGCGUGAUGACAGAAAGACAGCAUGGAAAUGAUGCACGUCUUUGGCUUAAUAAACACACAAAAGACAAUGAAAAUUCAGGAAGCUGCUCGUUUAACUCUCCUUCCCCCUCCUCUUCCCCAGUUUUCCAACAGAAAGACAAAACCUUUCCUUUUACACGUUUGAAUCCAUCAAACCUGGGGCAGGGAGGAGAAGUAAGAUGGUCAGAGCAUCAGCCACCAUGGGGUCUUGGCAACAAAAGCCUUAACCAGCCUGCUGAAACACUUGAAAACAAUUCAGUGUGCCAUGAGAAAGGUCCAGAGACUGAUGGGAACCCGACAUCAGCUCAGCAGUUACAUAGGAGAACUCAAUCUUUCUUAAAACAACCUACACUCAUUAACGGUACACCGAGUCAGAAAAGGUUGGCAAAGUCAAGAAAGAGUGAAGGACUUACUGGAGUCUCCAGUGUUCUAAGGGAACAAGCUAAGACAUCUGUACAAGACCUGUCUUCUGGAGAUAAGAGAACUCCAGGUAUCGACCAGGCAGGUGUUUUUCCCAAAAAGCAUCAGUGCAGUGAUUCUUCAUCAUGCAGAGAACCAGAAAAGAUGCCAAGGGACCCAAGGGGGUUUAAAACUAAAAGGAGGCUUUUGAUUAAGAAUAAAUCUAACCAUGCUCGGCAAACCUCAUCUCUUUUAAGGGAUGAGCAGUCACACCCAGCAGCCAGAAACACUCCUUCAACUUCAAGUGCUAAAAUACAACAACACUUUAAGCCACCGAAACAUCACAAUUACGAGGGACUGGAGUCUGCAGAUGGCAACGGAUUCAAGAGAAGAGGACCAGGACGACCAAGGAAGACUCCUAAACCCUCUUCUCCACCUUCGCCAUCUUCAUUUUCUAGUCCUGAGCUGGACUCAUCUUUGUCUAUAGAAAAGCCAGUAGAAGAAGACAAAGAUAACAGUGACACGGUGUUGGAAGUCAUUGAGCUUGUCAUUCAUGGAGAGCAAAGAAGUGGGAAGAAAAGACAACUAUCUGAAAGUGUGGGAGAUGAAGAGCAGACUCAGAAUGAAGAAAAAGAUGUGACUGAGCAGUCUUCCACUCAUUGCCAUAUGUGCUCAGAGCCUAUUGAUCCAUCACCAAGCCAGGUUGAAGACAGUGAACCCGAGCAGGCCACUGCAUCACUACCCAAUAAGAAGUAUUUAUGGGCAGGGCUUUAUUCAGAUGUUUAUAAAAACGAAGACAUUCCUGAUCAGCCUCAUGAGCUAAGUCUAGAGGGUCUAGAGUACAAUCCAGAGGAGCAUGAAUAUGGCCUGCUUCCUGCACCACUGCAUGUGGGAAAGUACCUAAGAGUAAAACGGAUCAACUUUCAGUUGCCCUAUGACAUCCACUGGCAGUAUGCACGCAACAAGCUAUUUGAAAAACCUGUUACUCUACCACAGGCAUCGCCAUCAAACAGUUCCUGUAACCCCCCAAACAGCAGUGCACCUCAGUCCUGCUCUGACGAUUGCCUCAACACGACGCUCAGUGAUGACGAGACUCAAUCCUGUGAUAUGGACAAUCACACGCAUGUGUACGAGGAACACCAUCAGUGCCAUCAUCACCUCACACAACAGGAGGAAAACAGCGACAAUGAGAACUUCCCCUCAACCUUAUCUAGUGAGGAGAGGAGUUUUGUAAUGAAACAUGGUGUCUUCCUGGUGAGAAAUUACGAGAAGAUGAAGGCGAGACAAGCGUUUCUUCUGAGAGAGGGCGCGAGAGAGCAAGAGAAAGAAAAGGAGGAGGACAAAGCGAGCGGUCAGCAGAGUGAGGGUAGAGACCUUGGAGAGGAUCCAACCAUCAAGUCAGGUCUAGGAGUGUGUGUAGUUGUUGGCGACAUGUGCAUGUGCCAGACUGAGCAGAGGUCAUGUUCUGAAGACGGGGAGCAUAUAACAUUCCAAAGCAGAAAUCUCUCACACACACUUCAAGAAAUCUGGGACAGGAUUGUUAGUUGCAAGGGAUCAUCUGGACAAACCCUUAGUGAUCCUCUGCUAAACCUGUGCGCAAGGAAAAGGUCUGAUUCUGCUCUGAUGGACCUCAGCAUGGUACAAAAGCAGCUCCAGUCAGGACACUAUGAGAGCCUGGCGGCCUUCCACUCGGACAUGCUGACUGUGUUCCACUGUGCAGAGAAAUACUACGGCUCUGAGUCUGCAGUCGGGCGUGAUGUGAGUCAGUUAAGGGCCUUAUACCACAGAGCUCACCAGGAAGCUUCAGCCCACAUCAGCAACUUCCUGUAAGGGAUAAGAAGCCACGCCCACACACCUACCUUCCAGGGCAUAUUGUGGUUGUGGUUGUGACCAUGGUAACACACAGGCAUGAUGGGCCUUCAAGAACAGGCAGGCGAUGCCCUUCAAUAUCAAAGACCUGUUGUGUGGUGCGCUUACACAGGCACUGAGCGUUAAACAGAGCCCUGCUGGAUGGGAUGCUUGCUGAGAAAAAGAUUAAGACUCAGAGAUCCAUAUUUAUUUAAAAAGGGUGGACAUUUCACAGAGGAGAAAAAGACUGCUGAUCUUUAACAAAAAAAAAAGGACACUUCUUCAUUCCAUUUUUCUUCCAGUUUUAUAUCUUGUCAGUUGCCUUGUUCAGAUACGUCUUCAGUAUAAAAUCACAAAAAAAAGCAUGGGGUGCAUGAAGCUGUGGGAACGGGAAAUGCUGAAGUAGUUAGUUCAACUUUGGCCAAGGACGUAAACAAUCAUACUAAAUCUAUUUUAAACAAUUGUAUAGAAUUGUAAGUUUAUUAUUUAUAAUGUGUUUUUUCUUUACAUUUGUUUAUACAUCAUUUGCCUUGCCAACGACUGCAUAGUACCAGUGAUAUAAUUUAAUGUGAAAUGUGCCUAGUAAUAAGCAAUAAUUGGAAAGCAAUAAGCUACUUUUUUUGUUUCAUUGUCACUAUACUACUUUUUAAAACUCCUUUUAUGCUGCCCUCUUAACUUUACACACCAGCCUGAGAGGUGAUGUUGGGCAUUUUUUUCUAAUAACAUCCAACUCCAGUGAGGUUUCAUUCUUUAGUAGGAAGAAAUAAAGUACGCUUUUGCAGGGGUUGGGACCCUUUUCACCCUGAGAGCCAAAUAAAAACAAAGAAGCAUACAGUCUCACACUAAGCAUACAGUUUCUAAUUCACUCCCAAGAAAACAUUUCCCUUUUUUGUACAGUCUCCACACUACUGGCACAGCAAAAGAAUUUCUAUUCCCAGCUUUGUUCAUCCAUGCUAGCAUUUAUUGCUGGCUGGUUUCCAGUUUCCACCAGGGCUUGGCGUAAGCUUUUUUCCAUGCUGUGUCAAAAUCAUUGCAAGAAGAAAACGUGUCUUUACAUCUGAUAUUUGCACUGAAGCAUUUCGGUCGCUACACAAAAAGAGAUCCAGAGUCCUUCUCACCAGAUGCAAAUUUUCAUUCAUUUUACUUCCAUUUCAGCUGUUUGUUUACUUUGCUUAGAUAGAAAAGUAACUUAAACCGGUCCCAUUAAAAUCUAAAGCUUUAAGAAAUGUAGGCAACUUCCAGGUGAAACCCAUAAAAUAUUUGAAAAUGGAAUUGUAUUUGAGUUGUAUUUAAUAAAAGAGGAAAGGAGCCUAAAGGGGAGUAAUAGAGAAAUAAUGCACAGCUCUUCAGUUUCCACAAGUUGAUGAAGAUUUUUUUCAAAUGUACAAAUGAGAGCUUCCAGUUUUUUUGGGUUUUUUUCAUUCAGAAAAGUGACUUGCAGUGUACAGGUGCUGUAAAACUAUCCUCACAGUGUAAAACAGUUACUAUUAGGGUGUUAUAAACCAGAACAGAAGUAAGAUUAUGGCAUGAAAUUUGGUUCCUGCACAAGUGGCCUAUUGUGACUUCCAACUCAAAUCAGUGUUGAGUAUCGUAAAUAUGUGGCGGGCUAGGGGGAAAAAAACUGGUUGGUGGUAACUGGUUGUUACUUGACUUUAAGAAGCCAUAGAUAUAUAAAUAUCAUCAAAAUAGAUUUGUGGCUAUCUUUCUGCAGGAUCAAGUACAGCCAGUUUAACAACUGCAGCAAGUCUUCUUAAAGAUAUCUAAAACCGUGCUAGUUUCAAAAUAUCUGUGAUCACAUUUUUAGUUUGCUAUGUGCCAUCCUAAAAUAGACAAUCAUUUAAAUACAAUUUUCUCCUGUGGUUUGUCAUAAUGUUGAGAAGAAAAUGUCCAAAAUUCACUAAAUGUUUUCUCCAGGCCACCACAUAUACAUGGCUCAAGAGUAUUAGGGUCCCUACCCCUGCCCUGAUCUGUGGUGUAGUGGCCGCUCAGGAGGAUUUUUUUUUAACUGUUUAGGCUUUGUGUUUGGUCUUAAUAAAUGCCUCAUUUAUUUCUUG